AUGCCGAUUCGAAGCGACUGGACCCUUGCGCGCGAAGGCGUGACUGGCGAUACCAUAAGCCGCCUCAUUAGGUACACGGCCUUCAAUCCUGCCCUCACGCUGCCCCUCAUCCUCCUUGCGCGCUACACGCACCAAGGCAACGCCCUUGCCGAAGACCAUGCCACAGCAUUCAAGGGCUUGAAGACGCUGCUGGGCUUGGGUGCGCUGAGCACCGUCAACGCCUGGCUCAACAGCGGCGUGACCAACAACUGGAGCGGCGACGCCUACGUCUGGAGUCGCGAGGUCGUCGUUGUAACCGGAGGCAGCGAUGGCAUUGGCAAGAUCGUGGUGCAGUUGCUCGCCGAGAAGGGUAUCAAGGUCGCCGUCCUGGAUGUUCAGGACUUGACGUAUGAGGCCCCAUCAUCCGUCCGCUUCUUCAAAUGCGAUCUUACCGACCCCGAGGCCAUCGCCUCCGCCGCCUCAUCCAUCCGCUCCACACUCGGUAACCCCACGGUCCUGAUCAACAACGCCGGAGUCGCACGCGGCAAGACCAUCCUCGAGUCGACAGAGAAGGACAUCAACCUGACCUUCAAGGUCAACGCCUUCAGCCACUACUACCUAACCCAGCAGUUCCUGCCCGCCAUGAUCGCCGCCAACCACGGCAUGAUCGUGACCGUCGCCUCCGUAGCCGGCUACCUCUCCGCGCCCUCCAUGGUCGACUACGCGUCCUCCAAAGCCGCCGCCCUCUCCUUCCACGAAGGCCUCGCCGCCGAACUCACCGCCCGCUACAACGCACCCAAGAUAAGGACUGUGCUCAUGGCCCAGAGUUACACCCGCACGGCGCUGUUCGAGGGCUUCGAUUCAAAGGGCGUUCUGUACCCGGAGACCGUCGCGGAGAGCAUUGUCAAGGCGGUGUUGAGUGGCAAGAGUCAGCAUGUUGUGCUACCGGAGACUAGCGGGCUGUUCAUUCCGGCGAUAAGGACUUGGCCGUACUGGAUGCAGUAUGGGCUGAGGAAGAGGCUGGGUAAGCUUAUGGCGGGGUGGAAGGGCAGGCAGGUUGUUCAGCCUAGUUUGGCGGGUGAGGAGAAGAGGGUCGAGGAUAGCACUGUUCUUGCCUUCACAGCACGCCCAUUCCAAACAACAGGCCCAGACUUCUUCGCCCACCGCGCCUCCCGCGCAGCCCACCUCUCGCAGCUCCGCCAUCUCUACCCCAUCCCCGGUCCCAUCCCAGAGCACGUGACAGAAAGCCUCCACGAUGUGCCCACCCGAGAUGGAGCUUCCAUCCGCGUCAAAGUGUACCAGCCUGUUGCUGGUCCGCCGGAGGAUGGCAGCCCGCUGAUCAUGAUGUACCACGAAGGAGGCUGGAGUAUGGGUGAUUUAACGGAUGAAGAUAUGAAUUGUCGGAUGUUUACGAGGGAGUUGGGUGCUGUUUGUGUUAAUGUUGAGUAUCGUCUAGCACCCGAGCACAAAUUCCCAAUCGGCAUCCACGACUGCCACGACGCCCUCCUCUGGGCUAUCAAAAACAGCGACGUACUCAACGCAACACCCACCCGCGGCCUCCUCGUAGGUGGCGCCUCAGCCGGCGGCAAUAUCGCCGCCGUCCUUGCCCUUCUCGCCCGAGACACAGCUUUAAACCCGCCCAUUACAGGCCAAUACCUCUGCGUCCCCGCCCUCCUCCCUCACACAAACGUUCCUACCCACCUACUUCCCCUCUACCAAUCCCGUUCAGACAAUACUUCCGACCCUGUCCUCAAAGACAUGGCACCAGGAUUCAUCGAAUCUAUCUACGAACCCCAGGAAAAGUCCCCGCUUUGGGACCCGUUCAACCAUCCAGAUGGGCAUAAGGGGGUUGCAAAAGCGUUCUUCCAGGUUAGCGGGCUGGAUCCGUUGAGGGAUGAGGCGGUGCUUUAUGACAGGAAACUGAGGGAGAGUGGGGUGUUGACGCGGUUUGACCUGUACAAGGGGUUCGGACAUAUGUUUUGGACGAAUUAUCCGGAGUUGGAGGAGAGUAGGGAGUUUAGCAAGGACACGUUGGAGGGGGUGAGGUGGUUGUUGGAGAGGUAG